AUGGAAAAGGGACGUUCACAAGCUGAUGGAAGCUCACAAAAGCGCAGGCGUAAGGACAAUGCUACUGAGAUAAACAGUAGUAAAAAUGCGCCGUUACUAUUUCAAAAGUCCACUGAUGACGAGAGUUCGAACCUGUCGAAGAUGAACAAUGAGGUAAUGAUGAUAGACGACAAUGCCCCAAAGACAACUUCAAAGGCAGGUGAAGCGCAUGCUUCGCCCUCCAUGAUGCAGAAAUAUGGUGUAGGUGCCAAAUUGCUUGCUAAAAUGGGUUACGUGGCAGGACGCGGUUUAGGUUCAGAGGGGAAAGGAAUUGUUAAUCCUAUUCAAGCUAAAAUAAGGCCACAUGGAUCGGGAUUAGGAUUGCUGAGUGAUCUUGGCUCUAGGGAGCAGGACGAUUAUGCAAGUUCUGAUGACGACGUUGCGGUGAAAAAUCAAAUAGAAUUCAAAGCGGGUCAAGUAUUGUCGGAGAGUUCAUAUAUUUCGGAAAAGAUUGAGAAGUUGAAGGAUCUUGGCUUGAAUGACUAUUCAGCUAGAUUACAGAGUUUUCUUGCGACCGCUACAAAAUCAAAAAUGCACCUUUCGGCAUUAAAGAAUCUUCUGGAUGAUAUAAUUGACAUAAGCGAAAAUCUGGGAAAUCUAGAUAUCAGAAUUUCAGCACUUAUUGAGCAAGAAUUGGCUACAAAGUUGGCCUCUAAUGAGUUGCGACUAGCGUCCAAGUGCAUUACAGCGGUAGACAUGCCGUUGGACAACCGUCUAGAGAUUGCGCUUGGGAUUAGAGACCAUGAUCUUGCAGAUAAGGCUCUGAGCUGUCUUUUGGCAGCUGAGGUGUCCAAAAACUCGUCAAUGGAUCUUCUGGAUACAAAUAACUUCCUCUUGGCCUCGGUAGUGCCCGUACUACAACGUUUCCCCUCAGGAACAACCUAUUCCGAGAAAGGGCUCAAUUGUAGCCAGUCUGUUCUCUACGAUUUUUUUGCCAGCAAAAUAGUGCCAUGUCUAGAAGGUUUUCAAAUUUCAAGAGAGAGCGUUGAUAUGGUUUCUUCCAUUUUUCUCGAAUACGAUCCCUUGCUUUCAUACUUGCACUGCAGGGAUUUUUUGGCAGAGAUGUAUCUCGCUCGGAAGCUCUCUGCCUCAUUGGAAACGUGGAGCAUUUCAGUCAAAAGCCCAACCUGCCCAAUAAACUGGUUUUUCCAAUUUGAGUGUUUUUUACCUCGCAACAUUGUUAGCGUUUUACUAGUAAUGAUAGAGGGGAAAUUGAAAUCUUUCUGUUAUAACUGGUAUCACAGAGAAAGCUCAUUUGAGGUCACAGAUAUCAUUUUCAUCAGGGAAGCUCUUGGGGAGAAAACCUUCUACUCGGUGCUCGAAACCUCAUUUCUGCCUAAAUUCGUCACGCAGCUCUGGGACCGAUAUUUCGAUCCUUUAAUUGAACUUGAAAAUCAUAAAGAGAAGGAAUACAGCUUUUACUUCUUUAAAAAACUCAAGGAAUACCGUCUUUUCUUUAGCGACAAAGUUUACGAGAUUAUCACGGCAAGUAUUUUUAAUGAAAUUAACAAAGUACUUUAUGAGUGGCGCCUUUUUUCGUACCAGAAUUUUAGCGAGGAGGCAUCUAACUGGUUUCGUUGGUUUAUCAAUCUUGCAUACCAAAGCAUCGAGUCAUUGGAGGCAAAACAAAUUCAUGCAUCUCUUUCAUUUAUCGAAUUCCGAGACUCAGCUCCUCUUCAUAACGAAUGCUAUUCAAUUCGAGAUUCUCUUGGCUUGGCGAAAAAUGAAGAGAAGCUUACAGUUCAGAACAUUCCAUCAAAUAAAAUUUCUGUCACCUUCAAGGACGUUGUGCAGGAAUUUUGUGACGAGCAUGGUCUUCUUUUACAAAAACUCGAGGGAAAAUUUACAGAUCUUCCCAUUCGGCAGCUGGGUGCACCUAGUGGAGAAGCAGUGGUUCCUUUAUUCAAAAUUAUUUCACCCACUAAGAUUCGGGAAGUGGCGCUCAGAGGCGACGUAAUUUGGAUGAAAUUGGAUGGAGUUUUCCGCCCCGUGUUCCUUUGGGAGUUAAAAGCGCUAUUGGCUGUGAAAGUGUGA